AAUCCUCAUUUGAUCUUCGUUUGGCGGAAGAAGCUUAAUUCCAAGGAAUACUUGGGGUUGAAGCUCAUACGUGGACGCCCCGCAGAAGUAGAUCCAACAGGAGCGGUCGUCUUCUUGGUUUGGCCGGCCAAGUGAGCACGUGCCUGUCCUGUGUUGGACCGGCCUUGGCUGGCCAGAGUUUCGAGAGUUUACUAGUGGCAGCUCAAUAUGUCACCCAAAUCGAGCAGCUGGAAUCCUUUCCUCUUCAAACCUGUGUCAGUCACAUUCUUUACAGCUUUGGUGUAUGUUGGUCUGGUCGUGGGGUUAUUAAUCGUGCAUAUUGUGGUCCCUUCGGCGCCAACGAGCCCUACACCAAUCAAUGGCAUCAACGUCACAGAAGCAUGGUUGGAUCUGCAGGAACUCACCAAUGGAUUCCACCCGUACAAUAGCCGUCGAAAUGACGAGGUUCGGGAUUGGCUGCUGAAGAGAAUCGAUGCUAUCUUAUCAAGCAACAAAGUGGAUUAUUCCACAGUUGACCAAUAUGUAAAGACGUCUCCAGUCCGACCUCAAGCACAUGGACAAGAUGUUACUACAGCUGCUGCGGCUUCUUCAGCUGUCAUAGUCUGGAAUGAUAUGCUCUCGAAUGUCACAUUUUCCGCACCCGGCGCCAUCUCUGGCAGUGCUCGUGAACCUGGAAUUAGUGUUUAUUUUGAAGGCACAAACAUCAUCGUAUACGUUCGUGGGUCUGAAGACCCCGAGGGCGAUUGGUGGAAUCGACCCGCAGAAGAUAUCGGGUCCAGUGGAAUCCUUGUCAAUGCACACUACGACAGCGUCUCAACUGGCUACGGUGCAACUGAUGAUGGAGUGGGCGUUGUGACUGUCUUGCAGCUACUCCAGUACUUUACAACUCCUGGAAAUGCUCCAAAGAAGGGCGUCAUAGCUUUGCUCAAUAACGGCGAGGAAGACUUUUUGAAUGGCGCCCGGGCAUUCACCCAGUCGCCCGUAUCCCAGUUUGCUCAUGCUUUCCUGAAUCUCGAAGGUGCCGGUGCCGGCGGGCGUGCAACCCUGUUUCGGAGCACUGAUACAGAGGUCACGAGAUUCUACAAGAAAAGUCCUUAUCCGUUUGGCUCUGCUUUGAGCGGGGACGGAUUCAAACGAGGAUUGAUCCGAAGUCAAACAGACUAUGUCGUUUUUGAUGACAUUCUUGGCCUCCGCGGCCUCGAUGUGGCCUUUAUGGAGCCCAGGGCACGCUAUCACACUGAUUUGGAUGAUGCCAGACACACUGGCAUUGAUUCGGUCUGGCAUAUGUUAUCUGCCUCUGUCGCAACGAUGAAGGCCCUCACAUCCGAUACGAGCCCAAACUUUGAAGGGUCCAAGGAGGACGCUGAACCGGGCAAGGUGAGCAGCGGAAAGCGCUCUGAAGGAGUGUGGUUUGACAUGUUUGGCCGUGCAUUUGCCGUCUUCCGCCUCCAAAGCUUCUUCGCAAUAUCGGUAACACUUUUGGUCGCCUCGCCCGUUUUCCUGCUGGUCGUUGCACUGAUUCUCCGCCGUGUCGACAAAAUGUAUCUCUUCUCGAAGAAGACGUACUUGCAUUCGUCGGAUGACGAUGAGCCCAUCAAGCUCUAUGGAUGGCGUGGAGUUUUCAGGGAUCCCGUCGCCUUUGUGCUUGCAUCCGCCGCUGCAGUCGGGCUUUCCUUUUUGGUGACCAAGCUUAACCCGUACAUUGUCUACAGCAGCCCAUUUGCUGUUUGGAGCAUGAUGUUGACUGCAUGGUUUGUUGUGGCUUGGUUCAUUGUCCGGGGCGCGGAUUUUGUCAGACCAUCUGCCCUCCACCGUCUCUAUUCGCUCGUGUGGACGUAUAUUGGAGCGUGGGUGCUCCUGGUAGGCGUUACUGUCCUUGAGCACAAGUACAAGAUUGCCGGUGGAUACUUUAUCGUGUUUUACCUCUUUGCAGCCUUCCUUGCACUCUUAAUCUCCUUUUUGGAGCUCUUUGGUCUUGAACGCAAGUCGGUCUACGCAGCCAGGAUUAGCGACGACCGGACCGCUACCCCAGGCAGUGCUCACUCCGAUUCUGCGUCUGCCAGACUCAUUGCUCCCUCGUCUGACGAAAACCCGGCCGCUAGUGGAGAAAACGAGGACUCGGGCCGGCAGUCUGAAGACAAUGAACCCACAGAAAGGACUCCUCUCUUCCGCAAUGCCGGGCAAACAUCGUUUGCCAACUACUCUCGCGCAAGAGGCAGCGGCCGGCGCCACUCGAGCAGCAGCGACCAGGACGACAGUCACGGCAUUGUGUCACGACUUCAUUACGGCGAAGAACAAGCAUGGAGCGCCCAUCUACCGCAAUGGACGUGGCUGCUACAGUUCAUUCUCACAGCGCCCAUUGUCAUCAUCCUGGUCGGCCAGAUUGGCCUUCUCAUCACGUCUGCUCUCCACCAGACCCUCGCAGACGGCAGCUCAGCCUUGCUCGUGUACAUUCUGAUCGCCGUCUUUUCCAUUCUCUUGCUCGUGCCCUUGACUCCUUAUUUGCAUCGCUACACCUAUCACAUCCCGACGUUCCUCUUCUUCAUUUUCGUCGGCACCCUGCUCUACAACCUGAUUGCAUUCCCCUUUUCGCCCGCCAACCGCUUAAAGGUCUUUUUCCAACAAGCCGUGGAUCUCGAAACGGGCAUCAACCGCGCCACUCUGACCGGCCUGGAACCCUACGUGCAGGGGAUAAUUCACCAAAUCCCCAGCGCUGCGGGACAAGACGUUUCCUGCGUCGAGUCCAGCAGCAAGCUCGGCCUGGUCACCUGCUCCUGGGACAGUCUUGCCCCACAAGUUGUCCCCAACCUCGACGACCUUGUCCCUCCGGGAUCGCCUCCCGAGAUCGGAUACGCCGAGUGGUUGACCUACAACGUGUCCCGUGUCACAGACCUGCCAAACACUGCGCGCUUCACCCUCGUCGGGCGAAACACCCGCAGCUGCAGACUCCUCUUCGACUCGCCCAUUACCGACGUCCGCGUGCACGGCGCCGGCUCGGACCCCUAUGACCGCUUCGACCGCGUCCCCGCCGAAGGCGGCACAAAAGAAAUCCGGCUCUGGAGCCGCGAAUGGGAACGGCCCUGGACCGUGGACGUCAACUGGCAAGACUCCGGCGACGGCCGCGGCCUCGAUGGCCACGUCGUGUGCAUCUGGUCAGACGAUAACGAUCCUAGUGCCAUUCCUGCCCUGGAGGAGAUUCGUCGAUUUGCGCCCGACUGGGUCGCCAUCACAAAGUUGGCCGAUGGGUUGGUGGAAGGUCGUAAAGCCUUUAUGGUUUAGUCUUGUCUUCAUUUCACUUUACUUCAUUUUGCUUCAAUUCAUUUCAUUUCUACUUCCGUUUGUUCAUUUCCUUUUCCGUUAAUCUAUCAUUCCAUUCAUCCUUUACCUAUGAUUAUCUUCGUUAGUAUUUACGCUACAUUAUCGCAUUAUGCAUUUACUUAUCCUCUAUUCUAUAUGUCAGUAGUUAGCUUCAAUUCUCAUUAACCUCAGUCUCAAUGUCCC